ACACAAAUCAGCUUAGCCUUGGCAACGUGGUCACCACAUCACACACACAGUCAUUCACGUACACGUACUAAAAGAGGGAGUUACUAUCUCUCCUUUUUUGGGUUAUCUUUUGGCCGUUAUUUUAAUAAUAUGGCAACUGAAGUUGAAGCGCCUCAGUCGACACGCCGCUUGGACGUGCUGGCUCGCCCGAAGCAGUUGCCUCCAACAUAUCGCGAGGACAGGAGGUCUGUUUAUUGGUUAGACAAGCCCCCUCUUAUGCCUGGAUCAGAUGGUACAACAAAAUUUGCUUGUACAGACUGGGUAGCAGCCAUAAGCAACCACAAGCCUAUAUACAGCAGAUAUGUCAGUGACAGACCUUCACCAAAGUCAGUAGUCAGCAAAGCAGCCCAGAAUGCUGAAGCGAAUGAGCGCGUUGCGUUUCUUGCUGAGCCCAAGGACUGGGCUCGUCAUUUCACCCUCCACCGACCCGUGAUGACACACGUCACCAAAGGUGCACAGCAAGCCACCGCAUCAGAGCGCAUUGACUUCUUGGCAAAGCCAAAGACAUACCAACCUCUCAAGAUCAAGGAAAGUUGGGACUAUGACAUUAACGAAUGGGACAACGAAAUUUCAUCCGCUGCUAAGAAUGCGCGGUGUUCUGAACGCCUCGAAGCUCUGGCGGAACCCAAAGCACUGCACAACCAUUUCCGUUUCGCCAAGCCAAUAAGGUGGAACACGGAGGACUCUACAUUGAAAGCAAUCGCCACAUUGCGACUGCAACAGCUAGCUCGGCCCAAGAGUCGAGGGAAGAAUGAGCAAUAUGACCCAUAUAAAGUCUCUUCAGCUGCCAUUCAUGCUAGACCCACUCCUAGGAUAGAUGAACUAUGUGCGCCUAUACCACGGAAGAUGCGUCAAAAGAAGCCUUAGGAAAUAUAAACUGAUUCAUAUGUAUUCUUUUUAAUAUUGUUGAAUAUCGCUAGAGGGUAUUCAUUUGUCUCGCAAUCUACUAUGGUCAACAAGGAAAUUUGUGAUCACUCUCGCAAAAAGUGUAAGCUAGUGAACACUUUUUGCGAGAGUGAUCACGAAUUUCCUAGAAAGCUAGUGAACACUUUUUGCGAGAGUGAUCACGAAUUUCCUUGUUAACCAUAGUAGAUUGCGAGACAAAUGAAUACCCUCUAGCGAUUAUUUCAGUUCGCAAUAAUGAACCUAUUUAGUAUUGUUGAAUAUAUUUAUCUAAUUUGUAUGUACCUCGGUCAAGUAAGCUACAGAAGAAAAAUAAAGAAAACUUUACUCAUAUCUUAUGAUAUACGAUAUAUGAUAUGCUACCAUUAUACAUUGUUUUUGAAGCCAUAUGUAUGUUGCAAUAUUUAUAUUCUAAGAAUGCACACAGUCAUUAUGAAUUUAGAAAGGUGUGCUAUUAAAACUCUGAUUUAUUGAUGAACUUCCCUAAAGAAAAACUCUUUAAUUUUCUCAAAAUAUGUGUAUUUGUCAAUUUAUCAAAAUUUUCUUCAAGACAUCAGUUUGCUUCCAGUGCCUAAUGAUGACACAAUACUUCAGAAGGUGUUUUUUAUUAUUACUCUGUACUUAAACUGUUUGGUAAUGGCAUCUAUUUACAUUAUGAUUUAUGUGUAUGGAAUUUUAUAUAACUUUUUUGUAGCAGUUAAAGGGAAGUUUAUAUUAACUUCUUUUUUUUUUACAUUUCUACAUGAUUCCAAGGUGAUCUGGGAUUCCAAAUGUACAUGCAACAUCAUUGGACAAUAGAAUUGAAAACAUGCAUAUUACCUAUUACUACCAUUCAGUAGCACAUCUAGCCGGGUGAAUACCAUUUUAUGAGUCACAUUAUUGUACGCAAUGGGGGCCCCUCCAUAAUAUUGUUGCUUAUCUGGUUAACUCUGCCACUGGCACUGCUACAUAUACCAUAAUGGUUAUCAGUAUAGCAACUAGCAUGAUUAAGAUUUAUACAAGUGUCAAUACCAUUCUUUCACUUGUAACCAAAGUACAUGUAUCGUGUCCCAGUUUUCACAAAGUGACAUGAGCGAACAAAGGAAGGAAAUUUUUUAGGAAAUGACUAUUUUUCACCAUGCUCAUGUAAAAUAUAUAGAAUUCAAUAAGAGCAGAUUGAUUGCAAUAGUGCUCUGCAUCCAUAACUGAAUGCAUAUUCAGUGGGAUUUUCCUAAAGUGACAAAUACCAUGAAUUGCGAACCGUCACUUUGUGAAAACAGAAGAGUGACUUGAUACUUUGUCAAGCGCAAGAUGUCAGUAAAUGAAGUAAAAUGAUAGUAAAAACAAGAAAACUUGCAAUACUUUGUGGUUUUGACAUUAAAGGACAAUGUACAUGUAUUAUGGAGUUUCAACUUGUUUUAACUUGUUCAUGUACAUGGUGUAUCUCAUAUACUACACCAUCUCAUUAUAGAAAAACAGAUUAGUUAUUGAUUGACGUGUCUGUCGAUCUGCUACCAUUCUUUGUAUGACAAAGCUUAUAAUGAUUACUGCUAUGAGAAAAUGCAAAUUUAUAUGAUCUUUCUGUGUUUCCCCAGAUAUUUAUAAAAACAUGAAGAUCAAAUCAUGGAAUUGAGAAUAGUAAAUGAAUCAAUGUAUUCUUAUUCUUAAUACUAGCAUCAUUGAAAUUUUUUAUGAUCUGUAUGUAAUGGAAAAUCUAUGCACAAUUCUUUUGGCAAAUGUUUUAUUGGCAAUAAAUAGUUAAAUGAUGCUGUAUACUUGGUCAGAAUACAGAAACAAGUUGGUUAUUUAAAAAGAUAUUAAACUUUGAAAUUUAGGUUAUCUGUAAUUCUGCAUGCAUAUUGCCCCAUUUAUGACAUUGCUAUGAAAAGCCACAUACUCUUAAUAUUGUGCUAAUACUUUGCAGUAUUUUUAAAGUAAUUUUGCUAUCAUGAAUCUAGCAAUCUUUUUAUUGUACUAUGCAAAUCAUAUUACCGUCCACACCACCUACACGUACUUAUGCACAGUAUGUCUGUAAAUAUAUUAUUCUUUGUCAUUAUCUGUUACUUUUUGGUGGUGGUAUAAUUUUGUUGCAUGCUUGUGUGUCUCAAAGGAGCUAAACAUUAAUAAAUCACAUGGUUGGUCCUUAAAAAUA